GAAAAUAGUCCCUGCUUCAAGGGAUGCCUCUGGACAUGGGGCAGCUAAGGCCCACUAUAAAAGCCAGCCCAGCUCUGUGUUCUCUCAUCCACUUCUCUGGCCUUCUUCUCCUUGGGAACCAGGUGCACCUCCUGCCCCCAGACAUGUCCUGCUGCGACCAGUGCCAGCCGUGCCUGCCAUGCCAGCCCUGCGGCCCGACCCCGCUGGCCAGCAGCUGCAACGAGCCCUGUGUCAGGCAGUGCCAGAACUCUACCGUCGUCAUUGAGCCCUCUCCUGUGGUGGUGACCCUGCCCGGCCCCAUCCUCAGCUCCUUCCCGCAGAACACCGCUGUGGGAUCCUCCACCUCUGCUGCCGUUGGCAGCAUCCUCAGCUAUGACGGAGUCCCCAUCAACUCUGGUUGCUGUGACCUCUCCUGUAUUACCAGCCGCUACUGUGGCAGCAGGUGCUGCCCCUGCUAAAGAGGCCAGACAGUGCCCCAGACCAGGACCCCAGGAACUCAGAACAUGCUGCUGGACAAGAAUGGACAGAAGAACAAACAUGGUGUUGUUGUUUUAAGAGGACCUGACCAUCUCUGGCUUGUCCAGUAAAGACAGACAGGAAGGGGCCAGCCUGGAUUCUAUGACAACAUGGCCCAUGUAUACGUAUCUUGUUUUCCACACACUCUUUUUCUUUCUUUUCUUUCUUGCCCUCUGCUUUCUGUGAGGCUCCCAGAAACCAGCCUGGAGUCACCUGCUAGCCCUCUCCCCUUGUGGGCCAGCUAGAUGGAUGCCCUUUUAAAAGUCUGCCAUUGGAAAAGCUGAACAGACUUUUGUCUGUUCCUGCUGUGCUACAGUCUUGGGGCCUCCUCUUGGAGUCACCUCAUUUCCCUCCUGAGACUUGAUAAACAUUUGCAGCAACC